AUGCCGAGCCAAUCCCGCAGCCGGGACCGUCCUGAGCGACGAGACCGGGAGAGGGAUCGCACACGCGACAAAGAGCGCUCACGCCGUCGAGACCGUGAUAUCGAGCGCGAGCGCGAAUACAUCCGCGGCCGCUACGAGGAGGCCGAUGAAGGCGCUACUACGUCUAGUCCUAGCAAUGCGCGCAGUGCGAAGUACCGUUUCCGUGCGGAAUCAGGGAAUGAGUCUGACUCGCGUGACGUUGAUGAUGAUGCGGCGUAUGAAGAGGAGCAGGCUAGGCGGCGGGAACGGAGGGAGAGGAGGAGACAGCGGGAGGAAGAGGAGUUUGCUGAUGGGAGGAGGAGGAGGGAUGGGAAUAGGGAGAGGGAAAGGGAUCGAUCUAAGGCCAAGGAAUCGCCUGCUACGUCGCCUAUCAAACGGCGGGAUCGAGAGAGGGAUCGUGAUGGGCAUCGUCGACAUCGGAGAGAUGAGAGUGGGAGCCCUGCGAAGGAUGUGAGGGAGAGGAGGAACCGCGAUGUUGAUGUUGAUGUUGAGGCUGAGGCUAGGCGACGAAGGAGGAGGGAGAGGGAGAGAGAGCGUGAACGCGAGAGGGAGAGGGAACUGGAUCGUGAGAUGGAGAUUGAGGCUGCUGCGGUGCCUGCGCGCAAGCAUCGCAGUACCGAGUCUACUAGCAGUGCCUCGCAUCUACUGAGUGUGGAUGCUAUGGCGCGGCUGGCUGCUGAGCAUGAUGACGAGUCUCGACGACAGCAGUCUCGCCGUCGAGACGAUCCACGCGAUGAGAGACGGCGACAGCGGAAACGCGCUGCACUUGCUGACGGGGCGGGUGUGGCGCUUGGUGCUAAAGUUGCAGAGGGCCGGUCUCGUCAUAGAUCUGGUGCUCGAGUUGUUUCUGGUGCUUACUUGGAGGAAGGGCGCAGUCCUGAUAUGAGGGUCCGUCAUCGCGGCGAAGAGGAGAGCUGGGAGGGCAGCCUUUCUAGUGGAGGGCCGCCGGCUUGGAAGUUCUGGUCGAAUUGGUCUAAGAAGAAGCGCAUUGUGAUUGGGUGUUUGGUGGCUUUUGUCGUGCUGCUUGCUAUUAUCAUUCCCGUUGCUCUUGUUGUUUCGAAAAAGAACAACUCGGACUCCGACUCGGGCUCUGGCUCUAGUUCUUCUGGUUCUGGCGGUCCCUCCAAUUCCAAUUUGGAUAGUAUCAGCCGUGACAGCAUCCCGAGCUAUGCAAAAGGUACUGUCCUAGAUCCGUUUACCUGGUACGACACAAACGGCUUCAAUGUCACCUUCACAAACGCCACAGUGGGUGAUCUUUCUCUCAUGGGCAUCAACUCAACAUGGGAUGACUCUGCCCGAGCAAAUGACAAUGUGCCUCCUCUCAAUGAAGCAUUCCCUUAUGGUUCCCAGCCUAUUCGUGGAGUCAAUCUUGGUGGAUGGCUUUCAAUUGAACCCUUCAUUGUGCCAUCUUUGUUCAAAGAGUGGUCGUCUAGCGAUGGGAUCAUUGAUGAAUACACAUUGAGCAAGAAGUUGGGCAGCUCCGCGGCAAGCACGAUUGAAAAGCACUACGCCGAAUUCCUAUCUGAGUCUGACUUUCAAGAGAUCCAGGAGGCCGGACUGGACCAUGUUCGUAUUCAGUACUCCUACUGGGCCGUCAAGACCUACGACGACGAUCCAUAUGUCGCCAAAAUUUCCUGGCGCUACCUUCUGCGCGCUAUCGAAUAUUGCCGCAAAUAUGGACUUCGCGUGAAGCUCGAUAUUCAUGGUCUUCCUGGUAGCCAGAACGGUUGGAACCAUAGUGGUCGCCAGGGCAAUAUUGACUGGAUUGACGGCACAAACGGCGCCUUGAACCGCAAGCGAUCUCUCGAAAUCCAUGACCAGGUGUCCAAAUUCUUCGCCCAGGAUCGGUACAAGAACGUGGUGACUAUAUACGGUCUCGUGAACGAGCCUUUGAUGCUGACCUUGCCCGUUGAAAAGGUCCUCAACUGGUCUCAGGAGGCUGCAACACUUAUCCGCAACAAUGGUAUCAAUGCCACUAUUGUUCUGCAUGAUGGCUUCCUCAACCUCGACAAGUGGGACAACAUGUUCAAGGACCGUCCUGAUAAUAUGUACCUCGAUACCCACCAGUACACUACCUUCAACACAGGCGAGAUUGUGUUGAACCAUACCGCCAAGGUCGAAAUCAUCUGCAAAAAUUGGGCCCCCAUGCUCAAGAAGAUCAACACGACAAGUUCUGGAUGGGGCCCUACCAUAUGUGGCGAAUGGUCUCAAGCCGACACAGACUGUGGUCAAUACGUUAAUAAUGUCGGCCGUGGCACUCGCUGGGAAGGGACAUACGACACGGGCGACUCAACAGCGUAUUGCCCAACCGCCGACGAAGGAACCUGCAGCUGCGCCGAUGCAAACAAGGACCCGUCCGAAUACUCAGACUCGUACAAAAAGUUCUUAUUGACGUAUGCAGAGGCACAGAUGUCUGCCUUUGAAACAGCCAUGGGUUGGUUCUACUGGACAUGGCGCACUGAGUCCGCAGCACAGUGGAGUUACCGCACGGCAUGGAAAAAUGGAUUUAUGCCCAGCAAGGCAUACUCGCCAACUUUCAAGUGCGGUGAUACUGUACCUGACUUCUCCGACCUGCCGGAGUAUUACUGA